AUGCUGCUUCCCAUGGCCCUCCCAAGAAUGUCCUGGAUGUUGCUCUCCUGCCUGAUGCUACUGACUCAGGUCCAAGGUGAAGACGUCCAACAGGAUAUGGCCUCUCCAAGGAUCAACUGUCCCCCGGGCAGUAAGGCCUAUGGUUCCCACUGCUAUGCCAUCUUUGUUAAUCCAAAAUCCUGGGUGGAUGCAGAUCUGGCCUGCCAGAAGAGGCCCUUGGGUAGCCUCGUGUCUAUUCACAGCGCAGCCGAGGCAUCCUUCGUGUCCUCCCUGAUCCGGAGCACUGUGAACUCCCACAGAAACAUCUGGAUGGGGCUCCAUGACCCCACACAGGGCACUGAGUCCAAUGGAGAAGGAUGGGAGUGGAGUAGCACCGAUUUGCUGCAAUACACUGCCUGGGAGAGAAACCCUUCCACUGCCUCGGAUCGAGGUUACUGUGGAAGCCUGACGUAUGCCUCAAAAUUUCUUAGGUGGAGAGAUUUUAACUGUGAUUUUCAGCUUCCCUAUGUCUGCAAGUUCAAGGAGACCGUCCCCCUUCUGCUGGUGCCGCCCCCAAAGGCCCAAAAUGGGCAGAGGGAGGGCCAAAGCCAGGAGGCGGGGAGGUGGGUGACGUGGGGAGGAGGUGGAGUAGGGCUGCAUGAGCAGGAGGCUGGAACGCAGAAGUAUCCAGGAACUUACAUAAGGAACUCAAGAGGUGACGCCAGUGGCUCCCAUCCUCAGCUUGUGGUUUCUUUGCGCACUCUGGCUGCAAAUCAGCUGUACUUAAGAUCAACUCAUUCCAUUCAGAGUGCCACUUCACAGAGUGACUGGGUUCGAUUCCCACCUCCUUCCACGAACCCAGCAUCAGCAUGGGUCCCAAGCUUCCGGCUUCUAACAGAAGCACCUGUGUGGGCUUGGGGCUAG